CCAAGGAGAUCCUAAUAAACUGCACAUCCCCACCCCCUAAGCCUUGCGUGCGCAUCAGGAAUAUAACGUGAAAACCUCAUUGGCUGGGACUAGGUGGCGCACUUCGAAAGCCGCGUCUUAGCACCGCCCCUUCCGUCUCCAGGGUGUCCUGCCUUCCCGACAGCCAGCGUCCGUGUCGUCCAGUCCUACGACUUCGGCUCCCUGGACUCAAGUCCUUGAGGCAAAAAGUGACUCUUGCGCUUGGUGGCAGCCUCUUUUCGGUGACCACCAUCUAACUCCCAUUUGCUACCCGCCGCCAUUAUGAACAUCCGCAAUGCUCGGCCAGACGACCUGAUUAACAUGCAACACUGCAACCUUCUUUGCCUUCCCGAGAACUACCAGAUGAAAUACUAUUUCUACCACGGCCUUUCCUGGCCCCAGCUUUCUUACAUUGCUGAGGACGAGGACGGGAAGAUUGUGGGCUAUGUCCUGGCCAAAAUGGAGGAGGACCCAGAUGAUGUCCCCCAUGGACAUAUCACCUCACUGGCUGUGAAGCGAUCGCACCGGCGCCUCGGCCUGGCCCAGAAGCUGAUGGAGCAGGCCUCCCGGGCCAUGAUCGAGAACUUUAGCGCCAAGUACGUGUCCCUGCACGUCAGGAAGAGUAACCGAGCAGCCUUGCACCUCUAUUCUAACACCCUCAACUUCCAGGUUAGUGAGGUGGAACCCAAAUACUAUGCAGAUGGGGAAGAUGCUUGUGCUAUGAAGAGGGAUCUCUCGCACAUGGCCAAUGAGCUGAGAAGGCAGCCAGAGCUGCAGGGGAAGGGCAGGUACGUGGUGCUGGGCUCCAAGGAAAACCAGGAAACCCAGGGAAGCACACUUCCUAGUUCUGAAGAGGAUGGUGAGGAGGAGAAGAUCCCGGCCGCUGAUGAUAGUAGCAAUGACCACAAGGAACCCAGCGAGUCCACGGAGAGCACCGAUGCCCAGAACAGCUCAGAAGAUUCAGAGUCUACCUCCUAGAACCUGCUUAAGCAUUGCAGUUCCUCGUGUCUCAGCCACGCCUGCCCUCUGAGCCCUGGCUCAGCCUAUAUGCUCUGCAGCACCUUUUCUGGGGUCAUCUCACAGUGACCCCAAUGGCUUCUCACUCUCAACAACCUUCCACAUAUCUCACUGCGAUUAUAAAGGAACACCUGGAUACCAGAGCCUCCUGCACAAGAGCCAAGAAAGUUUGAGGCCUCCCAUCACAGAACCUUCUUUGGCCUCCUCACACCAUGCCGCCAUUUUACUCUGUUUGUUGUAGUCCUGUGCUGGGUGUGGUUGUCUGGCAAGGUUGCCUUUUCCUGGAAUGCUAAACAGGAAGCCCCUCUGCUUUCAGUUUUUGCCAUUAUUUAUCUGGGUUCUCAUCCUUGAGGGGGCUGUCAGAACCAUCAAGUCAGACCUUGUGCCCCUUUCCUCUUCUUUCUUCCUCUUUGCUGUAAGAAGUAUUCUGUUUUCUCUUCUUUUCUCUGGGAACUCAUCCUCUGUCAUACCCUUCCCUUUCUUGAGGAGGUAUUCUCCUUUCCAGUGGGAGAAAGUCAUGAGCAAGAGCCUCUACAAUGUAAUCAGAACUUGGAGAUUUUAAGAAAAGGACAACCAGUAAUUAAAUUGUAAUAUCUGAUCUCCUUGUUUGUGUCAAUUUGGUUUUCUUGUUAAGGACGUAACUUGCCAUUUACUGCGUGCCAAUGAUAUUCAGGCAAUGCUAGGAUUCUUAUUAAUGACAUAUUUAAUUUUCUCAGCAACCUUACAAGGUAGGCUUAUUAUUCCUGUUUUAUAGAUGAGGAAACUGAAACUCAAAGAAGCAAAGUAAAUAUCUAGGAUCUGAACCUGAGUCGAUUUGAAUUCAAGGCCAAACUUCCUUUCACUUUCCUAUUACCACUCUUUGCAUUUUAUUUAUAAAAGUGUGAAAACUAUAGCAAUAAAAGAAAAUCUAUGGUUUAAAAUGUUCUGUUGACUUGAUCCAUGGCAACUCUAUGUCAUUUGUAAAUAUCUGUAUAUAAUCCACCGCUAUAAUUCUGUUUUACUCUUUUUCUCCAGUAAAAAUAAGUGAAGACAAAGUACUUUGACCUCUGCAGUAUAAGUCACCAGAUAAAUACAGAGUUACCAUUACUUAACGUAGCUCUUAUAUCCCUGAAUGUGAAUUACCAUAGUAUAUAACAUUUCCUAUGUUUAAAUUUUUAUGAAAACCGGUGUAUAUGGUUUUAGGUCAAAUCCUUGACAUUAACCAUCUGAUGACAAGAAAUAAAUCUGUUCUCUGUAAUCAUAAUCAGCCCUGCUAAGCACUUCUUACAAAUCUGCCCCAAUGCACUCUAAGAAUGCUUACCUAAUAGUAAAUGAUUGCCUGAGGCAUAUAAAAGUUUUUUCCCUACACAAUAAGGAUUUGCUGUUUCCUGUGGUAAUACAAACCUCUCAUCUAUCUUUCCAUUUUUCCUUUUUUUCUUUUUAAUUUUCUCUCCCAGCUCUAAAACUAUUCCUUCCCCUCAAGCAUGUGUUUAUCUCUUUAUUUUUAAAUAUUGCAGCUUUCUAACAUCUGUCUCUAGGGCAGCAUAAUCUUACUGAUGAAAUAUUCCAUGUUUUCCUUGAGCCCUUGUCAAUAUGUCUUCGUGUUAACAGCUUAGCAGAUGGAGAAACAGAAGGAGUAGCCUCAGCUUACCUGAAUGAUUUCUCUCCAGCACCAGGCACAUUACUGUCUGUAUGAACUUGAUGAUAGGAAUUGGAGUAAUUGGAAAAUAAGAAAUGAUAUCUGAGUUUUGCAGUGUUAUUUACUAAAACUAUUGGCUGCUUUUCUUUGUUACCAUUAUAUCCUUUUUCCCAGUCUCCUACCAAAAGAAGGCAGAAUUAUAGCAACUACCUAGUUUGGACUGUGCCUAUGUAGAUAAUGAAACUAAAAUAAACAAUAAUACUAAUAUUGCUUUGGAUGUAAAUUAGCAUGUUCCCAAGCGGUUCCAGAGUAAUAAUGGUGAUUUAGCAGCGGCAGCAGCUUUCUGGAACACUGAAAUGGAGGGAACCUGUGACACUUCUGUUUGUAAUAACAUUGUUCUUCGCGUAGAACAAAGUUUUGUCGUUUUUUAAAUGGGCUGACUUCUUUUUACUUAAAUACAAUCCUGGAAAGUCAUCAGCAAGACUUUGAAGCAAGGAUGUAGGGUAGUUAAUGGUGAGCACUGUUGUACUAGCUGGAGAGAAUGGCCCACACUCUCUCCUUUACUUGGAAGAACCUACUGGAUGGGCUCAGGUCUGUCAGAAAAUUAUUCAGAAAUAUUAAUUCUCAAGAUGAAAAGUUUUCUUUGGCCAAAAGAGAGAAACUUGCGAAUGAAGCCUGUGAGUUACCUAGUUCAAAUCUGUAUGAUUUUCCCUUUGAAAAUGAGAACGAGGGGCAGGAGAUGCUCAUCUAAAAUAAAAGUAAUGGGGUGUGUGGAUGUGUUAGAAAAGUAGGGAGUUGUGCUGGAAGUUAGUUCAAAGCUGGGAAAAUCUGGAAAGGAUCAGGACUCUGAAAUAGCUGAAGGGAAGUUUUCUUAAAUUUUUACUUGCAGAUGAAUCCUCUCGGGGAUCAUGUUAAAACUGCGGAUUUUUGUUUCAGUGGGUCUGGGGUGGGGGCUGAGUGUCUGCAUUUCUAAUUAGUUCCUAGACAACACUGAUCUUGCUGGUCUAGGAACCACACUUUGCCUAGUGAGGGUCUUAAAGCUCAUCUCCCACUUUGGAACUGAGUUCAGAACACCUGUGACUGGCCCUUGGGUCAGUUUGGAUUAGACACUAAUUCAGAAUCCCAUUCUGAAAUACACAGUCACAUAAGUCCGAUUUGUCUUUGGAAUUUUGUUACAUUACAUUGACAGCCUAAUAAUUUCAAUAAAAAUUCCAGAUAUAUUUCAUCAAAACGUGUACACCAAAAAAGUGUAUAUACACAGUACACAAAAUGUGUUGAUAAUAAUUGGCAUUGCAUCAUUUAUUAGAGAGUUUUGAUACGUUAAUAUUUCCUCACCUUUGAUGUCCAAACAAGUAAACAGUAUAUGAGAUUUUUAAAAAAUUCACUUUCCACUGUCACUCAAUUUAUUGUGUUCUUUGGUCCAUAGACUGCUCCACACACUAAUAAUUUUUUCCAUGCUGACAUCUGACACAGAAUUUGAAAAUGAACACAAGCUUUUGUUUUGUUUUAAAUUGGAGCAUCAGACAUCAGACCUUUAUGUGGAGGUGGUGUGGGAAGCACUUUCAAGAGAGUUUUCUGUCCAGGGAUGAGAAUUUCUGGCCCAGGAGUUUUCAACCUAUGCAUCAAAGUCACCCAGGUGCUAUGUUAAGAUGUAAUUUCUCUGACUCCAGCUCAGAUUGUUUCGCAUUCUGCCAUCUGAAAAUCACUGACCAGUACAAGGUAUUGAAGUCCUCAUAAAGGUAAUUUUAAGGGCAUUUUUUUUUCCAUGGUGAUACUCCCCAGAUUUUAAUUCAUUUGUCAAAAGUGGCAAAAAAAAGAGAAGAUACAACAAAUUUUUGUUUCUAAUAAAACAUAUAUGGGGAUAGUUGAGGUGGUAUAUGAGAACUCUGUAUAUUCUGGUUAUUUUUCUGUAAACCCCAAACUGCUCUGAAAUAGUCCAUUAAUUAAAAAAUAAAAUAUACAAACACAGAAUUUUACAUACGUGUGAUCAUUUAAUACAUCUAUAUGAUUAUUCAUGUAUUUUACAUAAAUGUGAUUAUAUUAUGCAUGUUAUUUUGAGGACAUCCUUGUUUUGGUCAUGACUUGCCACCCCAUCCUUUCCCAA